AUGAUAAAUCCAACAAGAAUGUUGCAAGGCUUGAAACUAAGUGGCAAGCUUCUUCGACUGUACAAAGCACCACAGUUAUACAGACCCUUUUUAUCCGAAGCCUACCAGUGUCGAGAAGCAUGGGACAAAAGAUUUAACUCUGAGUUGCUCAAUCAGAUCAGCCCUAUCGAUUUCUUCAUUGAAUUGGACCAAAAAUUUCAAGCAGACAACCCUGUCCAUGCUGUGGACAUGGACAUUUUUGCAAGCAUCAUCAAGGACGAGAGUCAUGCCCCAGAGAUUGCGGAUUUACUCCACAAAUUUAGAAUGACCAAACAGACAAGUUUCACUCUGGAUUCGAUGCACCAUGCGGUUGUCAAGUAUUUUUUGAGUAUAGGAAAAGCCAAUGAAGUUGUCAGUAUGUUAAACGAUAGAUUGAAUUAUGGAUUAUUUUGUGACAACUUUGAGUACAAUUUAUUGAUGGAUCACUUUAUCAAACAAAAAGACUUUGCAUCGGCAGCCAAAGUAUCAACUUACAUGAUGCUACAAGAGUCAUUUGAGCAUCCAAUUAGUAAUUCAUUGGCAAUUUAUUCUUGUUUCAAGUACUUAGAGGAUCCAGACACCUGGCAAGAAGUAGAUCCCAAAUCUCAGGUAGAAGAGCCCAAAGAAGAAAUCAAAGUACGUGUGCGCUACCUUAGGAAUCCUUACUUUGAUGAUCAUUUCGAUCUGUGGCAACCAUCAGAUUUAGUUGGUAAGACUUUAUGGUGGAUAGGAGCAACGUUAGACAAUGCUCUUGGAAGAUCUUGUCAGUUAAGAGGCUUAAUUUUAUACAAAAAGUAUGAAGAAGCGAUUUCGCUCAUACAGAAGUGGAUGCAAAGUGGAAUCAAAGAAAUUGUUUAUAAAGAUGUGUUGCCUCUCAUUAAGAAAGAUGUACCAGAAAUUUUCAGAGAAGAUGCCACUGACAAGACUAAGGAGCUCCAACUACUGUUGAUGGAUUUGGAAAACGCAGAUCUACAACAAGGAUGUUUGAUCGAUGACAUUGAGAGCAUGAUUAAAAAGGCAGUCGCAGAUCGUGAACAAGAUGACAUUUCAAAACAAAUUGAGCUUUAUUCAGUUUGGGAAGAAAAGAGAAUACAAAUUUUGAAUGAAGAAUUAGAAAAGAUUAAUAAGUUAAAGAGAUUAGAAGUAGUCAAAGAAAUGAAGAAAGAUCUUGAAGAUAAAGAGCAAUUGCUUACAUUCUUUGAAAACGAAGAGAGUAUUGAAUUGGCAAUAGAACAAAAACUUCAAAUGGAAAAAGAACGCUAUGGUGAUGAAAUGCAAAACAUACAAGAUAGCGAUGAAAAUUAUAUAUCCCCAGAAAAUGUUAAAAGGAUGAAAAGAUAA